AUGCGAAAUACUGGGGCAGCUGUGGCCAUCGCCGUACAUUGGCUGUUUGUUUAUAUAGUUGUCCUUGUGAUAACCCAAGGCAUUUCGAGUCUUGGUUGGCGUUUCUAUUUGGUAUUCGCAGCGCUCAAUGUUGCCUUUGUACCCUUUAUCUGGUAUUUUUAUAUCGAGACUGCUGGGCUUUCACUUGAACAAAUUGAUAGAAUAUUGGAAGUCAAGUUUGACGGCGGUCCAGGAAUGACUUAUAAAAAGCGACAGAGAUUGUCACCAUGGAAACAAAUGAAGGUAGAGAAAACGUCAAGUGGAAUUGAGCUGGUGGGUCACGUUGGGAGUGAUUAG